AUGAAUCCGGCCAGUUUCUCCUACUUCUCGUGCAGCAUGUCACCGGCGGAGUCACAGCCCACGAGCCCGGCGGCGGCAGCAGAUGUGUCCCCGCAGGUGAGCCUGGACUCGCCGUCACUGAUCCAGCAUCAUCAUUUUCAUCAUCAUCAUCAGUCUGGAUCUAAGGACGCUGUGCCUGUGAAACCGGAACCGCGAGAAGGCAGCCCCCGGGCAGAGCUGGAGGAAGUGGUGUCGGUGGGUCAACCUGCUGGUGGCCGGCGAAGAAAGAGGCCCGUGCAGCGCGGGAAACCUCCGUACAGCUACAUCGCACUCAUAGCCAUGGCCAUCGCCAACUCACCGGAGAGGAAGCUGACGCUGGGGGGCAUUUACCGCUUCAUCACGGAACGCUUCCCGUUCUACCGCGAGAACUCGCGCAAGUGGCAGAACUCCAUCCGGCACAACCUGACUCUCAACGACUGCUUCGUGAAAAUCCCACGGGAGCCCGGGAGGCCGGGCAAGGGCAACUAUUGGACGCUCGACCCCGCCGCUGAGGACAUGUUUGACAACGGCAGCUUUCUGCGCCGGAGAAAGCGAUUCAAGCGCUCGGACGUCAGCACAUAUCCGGCGUUCGCGCAGAGCGCGGGCGGGUUCGCGUUCAGCACGAGCCCCGCGGCUCGGCAGCCGUAUCCCAACGCCUUGUACCCGACCGUGACCUCGGGCUACAGCGGCUCUCCGUUACCCGGCUCUCCUCACGGGGCCGUGCUGCAUCCCUAUCAGCCGUCGGCGGGGGUCGCCCACGCUCACCUUCAGGGACAAGGCCGGAUGUUCAGCAUCGACACUAUCAUCAGCCAGCAGUCCAGCGGCUCAGGGGCCGAGCUUCAUGUCGGGCUCGGUUCCGGAGAUCUGACCUCGAUGAGCGCGAGCUGCUCGGCAUUAACCACUACUGACCCAACCAGCUUCCAGAGUCAGUCUCUGAACCAUACGAGUUUGCUGAGCCGAAAUAGCGGCUCCAUGGCGACCGGUUUCUCAUCCUCAGCCUCUCCGCCGCACCUGACCUCUGCAACGCCGCCCGGUUUCUCUCCCGGUGGCUACUGCACCGGAAGCAGGAUGUCACGGCCCGGCUCGUGCGCAGAGCACACUGAACAGCUUCUGGGUCUCACGGGAACCAAUCUGAACUCGUACAACAACUCGUAUGUGCGACAAGCGAACUUCGCAUCCGGGCUUGAGCGCUACAUGUAA